UGACGGCAAAAUAAGGUCAGCUGAUUUUCAUGUCAGCUGACUAGUCUUGUGAAUUUUCAAUAACCAAUUUCAACUAAAUAGCUACUGAAGUUCACAGUACUGCCCUUUUUAAAAUUGUCCAGUUCAAUAAUUAAAAAUGUCUCAGAGCGACAGGCUGCCGAUUUUCCCCUCCAGAGGGGCACAGAUGUUAAUGAAAAUCCGUCUAAAGGGGGCCCAAACCGGGCACAGUCUGCUCAAGAAGAAGGCUGAUGCUUUGCAAAUGAGAUUUCGUAUGAUUUUAUCAAAAAUCAUCAAGACCAAAACCCUGAUGGGCGAAGUAAUGAAAGAAGCAGCAUUCUCUUUGGCAGAGGCGAAAUUUGCCACUGGAGAUUUCAAUCAGGUCGUUCUGCAGAAUGUCACAAAGGCUCAAAUCAAAGUGAGGACAAAGAAAGACAACGUAGCAGGUGUAACUCUGCCAGUGUUUGAAUCGUACCAAGACGGUACAGACACUUAUGAAUUGGCCGGAUUGGCCAGAGGAGGUCAACAACUCACCAAGCUGAAGAAGAACUAUCAGAAUGCUGUUAAGCUGUUGGUGGAGUUGGCUUCUUUGCAGACAUCUUUUGUCACACUGGAUGAGGUGAUCAAAGUCACCAACAGAAGGGUGAAUGCUAUUGAACACGUAAUCAUUCCAAAAAUUGAAAACACUUUACAAUACAUUAUUUCGGAGCUGGAUGAGGUUGAGCGAGAGGAGUUCUACCGUUUAAAGAAAAUCCAGGACAAGAAGAAGAUCAUCAAAGCGAAAGCCGAAAAGAGGAGGCUUGCACUAAAAGCGGCUGGGCUGCUUGAAGAGCAAAAUGCUUCCGCUAACAUCCUGGACGAAAGAGAUGAGGAUAUUCUGUUUUAAGUGUUUUACUCUUGAAGCAUUUUCAAUGAUCAAGUUGACCUCUAUAAGAAACGUAUUCCCAUUGGUAUUGGUUACAUGUAUGCCUCUAAUUCACUAAAGCAAAAAGUAUGUUUAUAAAAACAACUUGAUAUGUUUUCUACACUUAGAAACAAUGUAAGUCAUCAUCAAGCUAAUGCCAUCAUUUUGGAUGAUGACAGAGUUUAAGGGUUGAAUGUGUAGAAAAAGUAUCUGUUAAAAUUGUAUAUUUUAGAUGUAACAUUGAAAAUAAACAACUAUUAUUCCA